AUGCAGAACGGAUCGCGAAAUGCACUCCAUGUGCUUCGUUUGGUGCUGCAUGAACGGCCAGCCUUGAAACAUCGACUAGCAUCAACGGCUGCUUUAGUUCGAGAUGCGGACACCCCUUCACUAUCAUCAUCAUCUUCAUCUUCGUCAGCAACAGCUUCAACAUCCUCCUCACCCUUCACUGUCGAGAGACCUGAUACACUUCAAUCCCAACUACUUCAUAACCCUUCAUUCCUUGAAUCUGAAUCAGAUGAAUAUGCUACCGCAUCAUUACUUUUACCAAAUAGACAAUUCGAUCCAGAGCCAAUACCUUGGCCUACGUUAUUCCCCCAUGAAAAUACAUUACCACCCCAAUCAAGAUUUUGUGAUCCCAUUUAUCGGUUGGUAGCUCAAGCAAGAUACAAAGAUGCUUUGAUGAUAUAUCAGGAAAUACUUUCACAUAAUCAAAGAGUUCAAAUGUCAAAACUGGGACAUUCAAUCAGGAUACAACAUCGACAUGAUUAUUUAAAUCCUGCUUUAGAAGCAUUUAAGAUGGGUGAUCAUAAAACAGCAUUAUUAUGGCUCAACGUUUAUCCUAAUAGACCUCCGACAUCGAAUCAUCCAGGUCUGAAAACCGUUUGGGAACCUGUAAUAGAUCUAUUUGUUAAUGUGAACGGAUCUUAUAGACAUGAUCCUGAAUUUUUGGAAGCUUUCUUGAUUCUAAUGGGAAGGAAAGGUUUAUUGCCCACCCUCUUACCUCCCUUAUUACCACAUUUAACAUUCGCUUUUCCACCUGAACAUUCAAAGAAGAUAUUGGAAAAUGCAAUCAAUACAUAUUGGAAAUUCACUACGUCCGGAAUAUCAGAAACAGAACGAGCUAAAUACCAAGAAGAAGUAGUCAGAUCACAAGAUGUUAGAUGGUGGGGAUCAUAUCUGAGAAAAUUGAUCAUUGCAGGAUGGAAAGAUGAAGCUAGACAUCUGGUGGAGAACAAACCUAUGCAAGGGGAGUGGGACGAGAUAACUCAAAAAAUCAUCAACGAGGAAUUGGAGGAUAUCACAGUAGAAAGAGUUUCAACGUUACAUUUGAAUGAUUCUACAGACAUGGUCAAACGCAUUCGAGCCGCAUUAUCCGAUCUUCCCACCCCGACAGAAAUGUCUACACUCAUUCGAGCUUUAUCACAUCCACUGAUCACACAUGAACAUCCAACACUACUUGAACGCUUCAAAUCUCGGUUCACUCAUCCACCCUCACUUCACCGAGCAAGAAAAUACCCUACCGUAAAGAGCCGAAUAUGGUUACAUGCCGAAAUGCUGAACUUGCAGCGUGAUGGGAGUCAUGACGAAGUCGUGCAACUCUUUAGAGAGAACUUCAUUUGGGCAGGAUUACCAGAUCAUUUUAAAUUGAAACAAAUACAAACUUCGAUAUCCAAAACUCAAGAGAAGUCGUAUCCUACGAUACAAGUAAUAACCUCACUGAUCCCUUCGCUACUCUAUACACUACCUCUACCGAGAUACAGACCUAUCCAAUCUUUCCAUGCCCAUUAUAUCGACUCCUCUUUGUCAUAUCCGCCUUCCCUUCGACCGAAUGCCACCACGCACGCUACGUUCCUGAGAGAACUCACACAUCACGGUGGAUCAUUGGCUGGACUCCGAGCUCUGCGAAGAAUGACAGAAGCGGGAAUAGUACCUGAAGAACAAGGCUACGCGGCUGUUUUAUACGCCUUGGCUGGCAGAAGACAGACCUUGAAGCUCUGGGCUUUACUGUCUCAGAUCGAGACUCAAGGAGUGGUUGGCCAAAGGACUUAUCGGGGUUUAGUCGCUAUUUUGAUCAAGACUGGCUUCACUGAAGACGCUGAAAAGAUAUUCUGGAGAGCCAGACAGAAACUAGGAAGAGAAGAUGUGUUUGAUGGCCUAGAACUCGAUUGA